AUGAGCCCUGGGUCCAUCAACCGCGUCUUCCCUGUCCGCUCCGCUGUUUCGAUCGACCCCAUCGUUACCCCACGACCACGAGGGGACACCGAGAGCAGUUUCCCCGACAUGACCCUGGCUACCCGCCGGAGAUCAACGUGGGCCUCAGACGAUUCGCCGCAAGCCACGCCAGAGCCUACGCCCAAGGCGUCGCAGGAGGAGGCAGGACCUGGCUCUGGUGCGGGCAUUGCAGGGAACCGCCAGAAGUCCAAGCCUGUCAGCCUAGACAGCCAAGUCCUCAAUAAGAUCCUCGGAGACGACGCAUCUCAAAAAUCGGAUGCGUCAAAUACGACUGUUGGAGCGGUCCUUGCAACGCCACCAGAGCCCAGUCUGGUAACGGCGCGGUUCCGACAUGUGGUGACAAAUGAAGGCCAUGCGGUUGUAACCGGAAGAGAUGGUGAGACGCUUCAAAGAUGCGAAGACGAACCCAUACAUAUUCCCGGCGCCAUUCAAAGUUUCGGACUUCUCGUGGCUCUCAAAGAGGAACAAGAAAGGCUUGUUGUUCGAGUAGCAAGCGAGAAUUCCUUGCAAAUCAUAGGCUAUACACCUCAGCAACUCUUCCAACUGGAUUCUUUCCUCGACAUUUUCAGCGAAGAACAAGCCGACAACUUACUCGACCAUCUUGAUUUCAUUCGCGACGGAAAUGCUGCAGAUGUGGUUGCCAACGGUCCUGACGUUUUCAUGAUUUCCAUUCGGCCUCCAGGGGACCGGACACGGAAAUUGUGGUGUGCAAUGCAUAUCCCAGAGUCUGAUCCGGGGUCUGUCAUCUGUGAGUUCGAACUUGAGGACGACCAAGUCAACCCACUGGUUCCCAGCGAUGAUACGACUCCUGGGGCACCUGAAGACUCCCUUGGCAGCAAUCCGACCGCCGAGGAGUUCAUCGACAGUACGGUAAAUAUCAGCAGGCCUCUGCGGAUCUUAAGGAGCGCUCGCAAGAAGAGGACUGAAGCCGCAGCAAUGGAGGUGUUCAACAUUAUGUCUCAAGUCCAAGAGCAACUUGCAACUGCUCCCACCUUGGCUAUUUUUCUGAAAGUCGUUAUUGGCAUUGUCAAAGAGUUGACAGGCUUUCACCGCGUCAUGGUUUAUCAAUUUGAUCAGGCGUGGAAUGGUCGCGUGGUCGCGGAGCUUGUCGACCCAAGGGCGACUCGAGAUUUAUACAAUGGCCUUCAUUUCCCUGCGUCAGACAUACCCAGACAGGCCAGAGACCUGUAUAAAAUCAAUAAAGUAAGGCUCUUGUAUGACCGUGACCAGGAAACAGCUCGCUUGGUAUGCAGGACCAUGGAGGACUUGGAGACGCCUCUCGACAUGACACACGCCAAUCUGCGGGCCAUGUCGCCGAUUCACCUGAAAUACCUCGCCAACAUGGGCGUUCGAUCUUCCAUGUCUAUCUCUAUCAACGCAUUUAACGAACUAUGGGGGCUUAUUUCUUGCCAUACCUAUGGGCCAAAAGGAGUGAGGGUGUCUUUUCCCAUUCGAAAAAUGUGCCGCCUGGUGGGCGAUACGGCGUCUCGCAACGUCGAGCGCCUUUCUUAUGCGUCCAGAUUACAGGCACGCAAACUCAUCAACACAACCUCGUCCGCCACUAAUCCUUCGGGAUACAUUGUUGCUUCGUCUGACGAUCUCCUGAAGCUGUUCGACGCGGAUGUCGGUGCACUGUCCAUUCGUAACGAGACUAAGGUCUUGGGGAGGCCUCGUGGUAAUAUCCAAGAGGUGCUCGCAAUGGUCGAAUACCUCCGGAUCAAGAAGGCGACCUCGGUUUUUUGUUCUCAGGAUAUUGCGAAUGACUUCCCCGACCUCCGCUACGCACCUGGUUGGAAAUUCCUGGCCGGUGUGCUGUUUGUACCUCUUUCAAGUGGCGGAAAUGAUUUCAUUGCCUUUUUCCGCAAAGGUGUCUUGCAGGAAGUGAAGUGGGCUGGCAACCCUUACGAGAAGUUCGUGAAGGAAGGCACAGAAGGCUAUCUGGAACCACGAAAAAGCUUCAAAGCAUGGAGCGAAACCAUCGUCGGCCGCUGUCGGGACUGGACCGAUGAAGAGAUUGAGACAGCCUCGGUUCUAUGUCUCGUCUACGGCAAAUUUAUAGAUGUGUGGCGUCAGAAAGAGGCGGCCUUGCAGAACUCGCAACUUACUCGCCUCCUCCUCGCAAAUUCGGCGCAUGAGGUGCGGACGCCUCUGAACGCAAUCAUCAACUACCUGGAAAUAGCGUUGGAGGGUCAGUUGGAUCAUGAUACGCGGGACAACCUAUCCAAGUCCCAUUCCGCCUCAAAGUCGUUGGUUUAUGUGAUAAACGAUCUCCUGGACUUGACUAAGACGGAAGGAGGCCAAAGCCUGGUCAAAGCAGAACCAUUCGACCUCCUGCAAACAUUAAGAGACGCUACCGAGCCCUUCAUUGGAGACGCCAAACGCAAGAACCUGAGGUACGAAGUCCAUAUAGCAGCUGGACUGCCCCAACAUGUGAUCGGUGAUUGCCGACGAGUCCGGCAGGUCAUAUCCAAUCUCAUUGCAAAUGCGAUUCAACAUACCAACCAAGGCCAAGUGACUGUUGAAGCUUCAGUGCUAUUGGCGCCGCAGUCUCAAAGUAAGACUGAGGUUGAGAUUGUGGUCGAAGAUACUGGGGCAGGCAUGUCCCAGGCCAAAGUUGACGCUCUGUUCAGAGAGCUUGAGGAGGUGACGUACGAGGAAGAUUCGCAUGACUCUAAUCUACUCUCGGCCGAUCCCUUUGUGGACCAGGCUGGCCAAGAUCAGGUGGCACUGGGCCUGGGGCUGGCAGUUGUUGCGCGCACCGUUCGAAAUAUGAAUGGGCAGCUGCGGGUCAAGACGGAAGAAGGGAAAGGCUCUCGAUUUGUCAUCUUCCUGGCGUUCGAUGCUGAUCUGACAGAAUCCCGUGUUCCUGAACAGCAUCUGCCGCGAUCGGAUCCGGCAUCGCGGCCCACCACGGCAACCUCAGCAGAGCCCAGGGAUGGGGAGGUUACUCUUGUCUACAGAACCCCAACGAGCCGCCCUGGGUCCGUGCAAGUCACGCGGAAGGGAAGCGCCGACAGCGUGACCAGCCUGGCGAGCCUGAAAAGUGGCAAGAGCGGUCUCAGCAUCAACAGCCAAAAAAGUGAUGCGGAAAGACUCAUCGAUGCUAUCCAGGAGCCUUUGAAUCUGGCGGCCGAGAAGGCCGAUGCGCACGAGACCCAUGGCAGGAAGCGGUCAGGAACCUCUACAGGUGGCCCACAGUUGGUGACGCCCAAAUCCAGGCACAGCCAGGAGCUGAAGUCUGCCCAUUCUAUGUCACCAGGCGUCAGGGAGAUUAAGGACUCUGGAACACCACUCCGCCCUGUUCGAGUACCGGAUGAUUAUCAGGAACUGGCACCCGGAUCCAAGCCAGGGCCAAAGGUGCUAUUUGAGGAGCCCGACUCUGUCGGCGCACCGUCGGUGUCGGCCGACGAGGACGCAUUGCUUUCUUCGCACAAUCUUUCCAUUCUUGUUGCAGAAGAUGACCCCAUCAACAGCAAGAUUAUGAAGAAGCGCUUGGAAAAACUUGGUCAUUCGGUUCGGAUGACUGUCAAUGGAGAAGAGUGCUCUUCGGCGCACGGUGAGCAACCUGCCGCCUUCGACGCCGUGCUGAUGGACUUGCAAAUGCCAAUAGUGGAUGGAUUCAGCUCGACCAAGAUGAUCCGUUCGUUUGAAAAGACACAUGCUCGCACAUGUUUGUCCAGUAGAGCGGGGCUUAAUGGCAGAAUUCCUGUUUUUGCGGUCUCGGCGUCGUUGGUGGAGAGAGAACGUGACAAGUACAUCCAGAGCGGCUUUGACGGUUGGAUCCUCAAGCCGGUCGACUUCAAGCGUGUUGACGAAUUGCUUAGGGGCAUCGUUGACGCAGAAGCCCGGGCCAGAUGCCUCUACGAAACCGGUAAAUGGGAGAGUGGAGGGUGGUUUUCAGCAAGGAGAAGAGAGAGUGACGCGUUCCAGGUUGACACCAGACCAAGUCUGGAAAAUCCGACGGCCAGGAGCGAGGCAGGACGGCGCAACAGCACUUCUCAGGCAGUGUCAGAUGAUUCAGGAUCACGGGCUUCAGAAACGACCACGGUAUCCAAGGCGUAG